AUGUGCGCCCCCAAUGACAACAAAGGCAAUCAAGUCAUGGAACAGUUAGUAGAAUCUUACGCCCAGCUAUUCAAGAAUGGCCAGCGCUCUCCUGUGCUUCGCCGACCGGAUCAGUAUGGUAUGCAAUACGAGGACAUCUGGUUCCCCUCUUUGGAUGGUACCAUCUUGCAAGGGUGGUUCAUUCCCGCCGUCAACUCAAAGAAGGUCAUCAUCGCAAAUCAUCCCAUGACCUGCAAUCGUUAUGGAUACCCUGGACAUCUCGAGGGCUACGAAGGGUUCGGGGGUUUUGAAGUGAACUUCCUCCCUGACUACAAGGCUCUCCACGACGCUGGGUAUAACAUCAUCUGCUACGACUUGCGUAACCACGGACUCAGCGAUCAAGGAACUGGCGGUAUGUGUGGAGCGCUCGGCUAUUACGAGGCUAGAGAUGUUGUCGGAUCGAUCAACUAUGCUCGCUCCCGCCCCGAGACCAAGGACAACGAGAUUGGUCUUUUGAGUCGUUGCAUGGGUGGAAAUGCCACUAUUCAUGCAAUGACGCUCUUUCCUAAGUACUUCGAAGGCAUCAAAGCAUUGAUCCUUCUUCAAGCUGUGUCCGGACACGCCUUCGUAGAAAAGGGUGCUAUCAAUGCAGGACUCGAUGUUCAAGCCACUGUCACUGCUUUCGAUAAACGUAUCUACGAACUCACUGGCUUCCGAUUGGAGGAGCUGACACCAAUCCCGUUGGCGAAGAAUGUCGCCAUGCCAACACUUUUCGCCCAGGUGCGCAAAGAUGUCCUGAUUGAUGCAGAAAAGGAUACUCAGGCCAUAUUUGAUGCCUUGAGCAGCAAAGAGAAAGAGAUGAUUUGGAUUGAAGGUACCACACGCCGAUUUGAUGGUUACAACUACUUCGCUGAGAAACCCAGUGAGAUGAUUCAGUGGUUCAACAAGUACGUGUAG